AUUACUGAAGAGGCUGCCAGCAUCCAAAGCUUCCUUGAAAAAUACCCUUUUUUUUGCCUAACUAAAUUUUGUGCUCACCACACAGGAACAGGCCCUCACAUUGUCUGCUGACCUUUCACAUUUCCACACUGGCUGGGAGGGAUUGUGAGUUUUUUCCGUUCUUUGUUAAGAGCCUCCCCCCACCCCUAGUUUCUAACUUGAAGGCAGUUCAAAGGGGUUUCUGGAAGUCCUUCAGUCCGAGCACAGGGACGCUCCAGUGGAUAUCAGCCUGUGAGAGAGAGAACCAUGGCACAGAAGCUGCAUCUGUUUAUGUGCCUCACUGGGCUGAUACACCUGGUCACUUCUUCAGCAAACAGAUAUCAAUAUGAUGCUGGAUUGUCUCCCAUAGGUGCCAGACUAGAGGUGCAUGGGAUAUCUACAUACCCCCACGGACGUCCUGGGCACAUUGAUACCUUGAAUAGGAAAGAUGCUUUGGAUCAGGGCUUACCUGAUGUACCAAGUACUGUUCCAUCAGAAGGCAGCAAAGAAGAUUUUCAUGAUGCCAAAGAGCCUUACCCAACAAGUGGAAACCGGUGUCCAUUUGUUCGAUCAAAAGUUGUGUCGUUUAUACACCUUUGCAAAACAGAGAAGUAUGUUAUAAGGUCCCAAACCAACUGCCCGUCUGGUUCAACAAACUGCCAAAAAAUUAUGUACCGACUUGCUCAGAAGCCUGUGUAUGAAAUUAAAAGGAAAGAAGUAACCAGCUUAGAAUGGAAGUGUUGCCCUGGGUAUAUUGGUACCAACUGUGAGGUCAUCGAUCCCAAUUCAAUUCAAAUUCCUGAAUUACAAGCAGCAACAUCUGAGGCUGAACCCUUGCUAAACCCAGAGGUAUCUGAGAUUAUUCAGUCAAUACAAAAACAAGAAACGCUUCUUGAGGAUAUCCAAAAUGACAUUCAGCAGGCAACAGGAAACCUUCUGGAUUUACAGAAUGCGCUAGAAAAAAACAUCAGUCUUUCAUCAAACAUGAAUCAAACUACUUCAGAUACUGAGGAACGUCUUCUUAAAGAGGUCUUCUUACCUUAUGUGGAAAACUUCCUGCGGGAGCAGUUCAAUCCAAUGUGGAACAGUUUUAACAAAAGUUUACAAAAUCUUUCAGACAUGGUAAAUAACCUCUCAGAAAAUGUUGAAACAAACCGGAAGAGAAUGGAUAUGUUUCUGGAGAAUACGGUGCCGAAGAAAGACCUUCAUGAGCUAGGAACAAAGUUUGAGUCAAAAAUACAGGAAAAUAUUGUCAAACUUGAUCACAUGAAGCAUGAAAUGUACAACCAUUUCCAUGUUCAACAGACUGGCAUUCACUAUAAUUUUACGCUGAUAAAGGCAGACACAGACAUGAAAUUUAAGAGAAGUCAAAAGUUGCAACAGUCUCAGUUUGCAUACAUGAACAUAAGCAUUGAUGAACUCAGGAGGGGACAAGAGCAAGUUCAAGAUCAACUUCAGUCUCUAGUUCAUAAUAUCACCGUAUUGUCUAUGUCUUGUAAUAAUGGAGGAGGACAAACAACACAGAUUACUUAUGAACAAAUUAAUCAGACUCUCACAGAAUACAAAGAGCAAAUUAGGGACUUAUAUACGGAAUCAGAUGCUGCAUUUGAGAACCUUUCUACUUUGGAGAAAUGGUUUAAAGAAUUACGAACCGAAUACAAAAAGAAUGCUCAUGAAGUUCAAGUUUCCUUGAUGGAAAAAAGUCUCAUAAUGGAAGAAAAUAAGGAUUUUCUUUUAAGACAGAUUAUGGAAAUCAAUUCUACAAUAGGAAGUUUACAAGAAGGUAGUGAUGAUUUGUGGAAAAAUUGCGACUGUCAAAAAAUAACAAUGGAUAUUCUCACUCUUGAGGAAGGUCAGAAGAAUCUUUCCAGCUUACUUAAGAAUGUUUCAUAUGGUAUAGAUGAUGUCAAAGAAAAAGAAGGCUUUUCAAAGACUUCAUUGCAGAAUUCUGUUGAGGACCUCUCUUUGGCUCUUCAUCUUAAUCGUCAGUCUCUAUCUGCCCAGCAGGAACAAGGUAGAACCCUAGCACGCAUUACUUCCCAGCUGGAAUACCAAGCUAAGAACUUUUCAGAAGAUGUUGAAUUUCUCAAGAAAGAUAAUGAUGUAAUCAACAACCAUAUCAAGCUCCUUGACAGUACAUUUAGUGCCCUUUUAGAGGAUGCCACUAGACAUGAUAGAGCUCUACAAGCUUUACUUGGUGAGGAUGUUUUAGAGGUCAUGUCUGAAGAUGAUCCUGUAGUGUUACAAAUGUCUUUAUUGGAAAUAUAUGAAGUGGUCAAUGAGACACGUCACAGGCUUGAAAAACAACAGCUGAUUACAGAUUUACUUAGCAGAAGAAUACAGAUUCUUGAGAUGCAGCCCCAGAAAAGGGAAUCACCCAACAUUUCUACCAUCUUUAAUGUUGAGCAGCAAACAGAAGGCAUUCCAAAUUAUAGUCAGUUUCGUGAUUACAAACAGCCAAACAAUCAAGCUUCAAGGGAAGCUGAGUUAGACGAACCAAUGGACAGUGAUGUUGCAAUACUAAAAAAUGACAUACAAAAUCUAAAUGUAAAACUGAUGUCCAUAGAAUCCCAAAUAACUGAAGGAACUAAUUGCAUGAAUGACACCAUAUUGAAUGCUUUGAAACCAUUAAAUAUCUCUUUGGGAUCCAUAAAGUCAGAUAUUUUCUCAUUAAGGGAGCUUUUCUCAGAUCAUAUACAUACUUUCCAAAAGAUAUUUAGCAAUUAUGAAAGACUUAUUGAAACCAAUACAACUUUAAAUGUUGCAAAGGUUCAAGCUUUGGUUGAUAAGAAGAUGAAAAAAAAGCAGAAUGAAGGAGUGAUCCAAAAUACAAAGAAAGAUAAAAAAGAGAUAGAGCAUCACUGGCAAUCGGAUGGAACAACAAGACUUGCAACAAAGCACGAUUCUUCCAUUGCAUUUGCUGCUGGUUUUACUGAAGGUGCUGAGGGAGUCAAAAUCUUAACCUUCAACAACAUUUUCCUCAACUAUGGAAACGUUUUCUCAUCAGAAGACGGACAUUUCACUGCCCCAUUUAAUGGAGUGUAUGCUUUUUCAAUUACUGUUGACUUCAGUCCUGGAAGCGCCUUGAGUUAUCUAUUAUUUGGAGGACGGCAAAAAGUUAUUCUUUACAACAGCAGCAAAGAAAGUGAAAGCUUGAAACACAGUUUUGUGGUGGUGGAGCUUCAGAAGGAUGAUAAAGUAUGGCUUGAACUUCUUCAAGGUUCUAUUAAGAAGAACUCUUCUGGCACCCUUCUUGCUGGUUACUUGAUUUUCAAAACGUGAAUAUAAUAUACUAAAAGACUUGACAAAUAUGUCUCAUGAGAAAUAUUUCAAAAAUAGCUUAGAGAGAGAGAGAGAGGCUAAAUAACAAUACAGUUCAAGAUAUGUUGGAGAUCAUAGUUCCUUGUUCUACCAGAUUAUAUAAGUGUGGUAGUACCUUAGUGACUGCUUUCAAGGAUCACAUUGCAAGCAUUUUAUACAACCUCGCCUUAUCAUGGGAGUAGACAAAAAACUCAACCCUCUUUAAUUUAAAAAGUACUGUUUGAUAUUGUAUGUAUACUAAAUCUAAAAUGCAAAUUAUUGUAGAAGACUAUUAGGAAAUAACACACAAGUCUUUCUAAAAUACAUUAUAGUUUUGGUUAUCAGGUAGGACCAGUGUUAGAGAAAGCACAAUUCAUUAAGGCCUUAGGGUGAAGACACACAGAGCUACUAGUAGCAGCUACUUGUCAUGGCUUCUAAAAAAGACAAUGCUAAUC